GGGUCUAUUUCUCGAGCCCUUCAAGUCAGUAUGUAAACUUCGCCAUUGAUGAGGUGAGUUUGAGACGGAUCACUCCAGAGGAGGACUGGGAAGCUGCAGCGAAUGAAAUGAUUGACGAACAUAGAAAAGGAGAUGUAAACGUCAAGGUGAAUGUUCUUGGGCAAUCAGUAUUUUGGAAUGAUAAAGGAUUCUGGCCUAACUGGUUCACGGCUUUGUCUUCAGAUGAGAAAGUUGAAAAAAUGGAGAAACGAGCGAAGGACCUUGUCGGGCGGUAUAAGGGCAAGGUAAACCAAUGGCUGGUGAGCCGAGAAAGCAUCGAGAAGUAUACGGAAGAUUAUGAUAUUCUAACUAAGAUGUUUAAUUGGACGAGUGCUGCCGAUAGCUCUGCUGAUUUAGUGCUAAGCGACAGAUUCGCCAUACAACAACCCGACUAUGCUUCCGCUAUGGUCAACCAAAUCAAAACUCUGAAGGCUGCUGGCUACUCGCCUCAGCUCGAUGCGCAGGGAACUUUCCUAGAAACGAACGCAGUAGAUCCCAUACGAAUUGCGG